GCGUUAGUCACGGUUAACUGAGCGUUUUCAAUGACAGAUAAACAGAAAAAAUGGCAGUUAGGGGACUAGUCGUAGAAAAAAUAGGUUUGCCAGAACAGGAUGACGAAUCUACUGAAAAUAUAGACAGAAACAAUUUAGGUUUCCUGUUUCCAAGAAGUGGUCACAGAGUAGUAGUGGAUGACAAUAAUCUGUAUGUCCUCGGGGGCUACAACCCAAAGUUCCACAAUAUCCCCAACACGGAAGAUACCUACUACCCACUGUUUAAAGAGUUAUGGAAGUUCAACUUUGCCAGAAGAGAGUGGUCACUUCUAUCAACAGACGGCAGCAUGCCCAUAGAACUAGCCUCACAUGCAGUCUUAAGGGCGGGAAGGAACCUGCUGUGUUUCGGGGGGACAGGGGUCCCCUUCGGCUCCAACAGCAGCAACCAGCUCAAUGUGUGUAACCUGGACACACUCAAAUGGAGGCAUAUGAAGUGUUCUGGUCAGACACCACAAAAAAAAUAUGGACAUACUCUUACAAAGAUUGGUAAACACAUGUAUGUCUGUGGCGGCACAUCAGGCUAUACGUACGACCUCCAUAUUCACAGACUUGACCUUCAAACUUUGACCUGGGAGGAGUUGCCAGCCCAAUCUAACUUUGUACCUGAGAGCAGGUACCGCCAUGAGGUGGCGUGUGAUGACAGUCAUCUUUUUGUGUUUGGUGGAGGGACAGCUUCGUCAACAUUCGGGUUUGAAUUUGUACCAGCCUUUCACAUUCCAACCUGUCAAUGGGAGAAUAUAAAAUCCAUUCCAGACCCCAAACAUGGUUUCCCAGCUCUCAGGAAAUGCCACAGCUGUGUGAAAUUCAAACAAGAUGUGUACAUCUGUGGUGGCUUUGACACACAAACAAUUUUCGGAGACAUUUGGAAGUUUUCGCUUCAGACAAACACAUGGUCAAAGUUACCAUGCUCUCUCCAAGUUCCAGUGUACUUCCACUCAGCUGACAUUACUUCGGAUGGAUGUAUGUAUGUGUUUGGAGGGGUAUCCAAGAUUGAUCGGGUCAGAACGAACUGUUUACAGAGAGUAUGGCUGGCCACCCCCACACUACAGGAAAUCUGCUGGGAGAAGAUCACGUCUUGUCUGGAUUCAGAGACCCUGAAAAAGACUGCAUACCUCUCCUCAUUUCUACCUAUGCAAUUCAUUGAGAAGCUGUCUUGACACAGCAAAGACAAGCUUUCCUAAGGCGUACACCAAAACCAGUGAUGCAGUUUGAUGGAACUACAGCUGGUGUAAUAUUGUCCUGAAAAUCCCAGUGUAAGAAUUCUACAGCGCCAUAUCAACCGUAAAAUCCACACUUUGUCAUCCAGGAUCACAAAUAUCCAUAAUUUUGUUUUGUAUUAUUGUCGUUGUCAUUUUUUUGUUAGUUUGUUUGGAUUUUAUGUUUAUCAUUAAUUUUUUAUUGCCAAAUUGAACGACUUUUCCGGCAUUAUGUACAGUAUUUCAAAUUUUAAUUGAGUGUCUCCAAAUGACUAAAGGAAGUUUUGUUAUAAACAGAAGUUUAUGUAUAUAUCAAUCUUAAUGUGAUUUUAUUUUUACAUUAUUUAGAAUUUGUCUUUAUUAAGAAUAUACAUGUACAAUGUAAACAUAGAUUUUAAUAUUGGAGACAGAUGAAGCAUAUUUAGUUUUAGAAAUUCAAGGAAUUUUGUAAAGAUAUAAAUAACAAAAGUCGUUUAUUUUUCUUUUACUUUGUACAUGUUUAAUUUGGUUUUAUUGGGUUUUUUUCUGUGUCAACUAUGUGCAUGAAAAACCAUAAUGUGAAUUGGUGCAUACUUGGCUUUAUAGUUAGAAACACGAGAAAUAUACACAGACAUUGCCUUUCACCCGAUCCCACACUCUUGUGCUUUCUUUAUUUUGUUGUGUAAUGUGACACCAAUUUGAAUUCAAGCAUACAAUGAACAUGUAUGUAAUAUAUGAUUCAUUUAUUAUGACAAUAUUGUUUAUCUUAACGCAAAACCUGUUUCUCAAAAACGUGUGUUUAUACAAGUUUCAUUUUACAUGUAAUAACAACUGCACUGCUCAAAAUUAUUCAUC